AUGUCUGUAGUAUCAGAAAAUUCUGGACGAUGGAUGUCACAUCGACCUUCUCGGACCCCUAGAAGCCUUUCGCGAGGACGAGCUGGAUGGGACCCAACUAGUCCUUUUAUAGUACCACAGUUUUCAGCUGCAGCUAGCGAGGUAGUGAUUCGUGAUAUUUUUACAGCUGUAUCUGGCGGGAAGCUUUCCAUUUUAGGAACUAUAGAUCAAGGGAAUUUGGCAAAUAAGAAGGGUGUUAAAGUUAACGGCGAUGAAGAAAACUGGGCAGAGAACACGACUGUAGUUACUGGUAACACAAGUGAGCAUUCUUAUAGUGGCGCUGCGGAUCGUGCUAUAGUUGCUCCUGCCGGACAUGUUGUUGUACGUCGUUGUUCAAGGCUGUUUUGGCUUUGCAGCGCUUCUUUAAUCUGCCUUUGUUCUAUCAUGUCUGCCCCUAUCAUGGCUAGCCUUCCGUUAGUUCUGCAUCAAUUAGAUGGAGAUUGGCAACAGGUAGUUUGGAGAGAAGAUUGCCAAGAACUUUUGUUUAAUAUAACUGUCAAAUCUUUAUUAUUGCUUGUCGCACUCUGGGUAAUGUUCUUUCGAAGAGCUCCUGCCGAUAUGCCCCGAUUGUACCUACACCGAGCUGCCCUGACUUUAUUUGCUGUAUUCAUACUGUUCGCGUUUUGGCUUUUUUAUGCUGUAACUAUCUUACUGGAACGUCAUAGUGACUAUAAAAUGGCACUCAAAUUCGCACAAUAUUUGCUUGACGCUUUAAUGUUUUGUCACUACAUUGCUGUUAUUGUCCUUGAACUUCGAUCUCAUAGACCAGAAUUUAUUGUUGACAUUGUACGGGAUCCUGAUGGUGAGUCGCGUAGUUACAUAAUUGGUGUUAUGAGCAUCCAGGAAGCAGCUGUUCACGUGCUUCGUUUGUAUUACACACAUUUUCCAUCUUAUAACGCUUAUUUGGAUAAGAACAAUGGCGGUAUUUCUCGUUUUCGUUCAGGUUCCUCCCACGUUUCUGCCGGCUUUAAAAUGUAUGACAUAGAAGGACUAGGGGAUUGUACGAUAUCAGAGUCAAAUGCUCGUUUGUUGAUGGAAGCAGCUGCUAAACGUCGUCUUGGAGGACACAAUGAACGGUUUCAUGAAAUUAUGGAGUGGGAAAGGCGUGUGCAGAAAAGGAAGUAUCGGUUAAUAAGUGCGACUGAAGAUGCUUUUGCCAGUGUACAAAGCAUUACAGCAAAUAACCAACAAGAGAAGCAAGCUUUUGGUGAACCAAUGGAAGCUCUAGGGGCUGCUCAAGCGGUGUUUUCAGCUAUCGCACGUCCUUUAAAUAAAUACCUGAAACUAACUAGGCAGCAGCCUCGUCACACUGCCGACCAAGUUGUAGCCCAUUUGGCACGGUGUUUGUCGCUGCGGUUUUCUGCAGCAACAUUUUUGCAGCGGUUCUUCUCCUCAAGAUUCCCAUUCCCGGAUCGUCCAGAAGAGGCUAAGUGGUCUAUAGUGUGUAACGUCCGAGCAUCCGCAGCCAUCCGGAAUGGAACAGUAUUUGUUCUGAGGAGUCAUCAGAAGGACGAAAAUGCUGGAGUUCAACUGCUUUGUACACUACACUCACUGCCAUUCUUUAAUCUUACUGAGCAGCAGUCGCUUACGUCACAGUUUGCGCUGAAAAUCACUCCCGAAUCUGCUGUAUAG